AUGGACGCUGCACGGACCAUCUAUAAACAUGAUGUGGACUUCGCUGUCCUUGCUCUCCAGUACCCCAACUUUGCCAAACAGGAAUUGACAAAGAGUCUGCUGAAAAGAGAUUUCGGCCUGCAUCUCGAUUUACCUAGCGAUCGGCUUUGUCCACCUGUUCCUAAUCGCUUUAACUAUAUUCUAUGGCUGCAAGACCUGCUUGACUCCACUUCUGCGGACUACUCUGAUGGAUACGAUCAGGAACGUGAUGUUUUUGGACUUGAUAUCGGGACUGGAGCUAGUUGCAUCUACCCUCUGCUUGGAUGCGCUCAGAGACCAAAAUGGAGAUUCGCAGCUACAGAUAUUGAUGCAAAAAACCUGAAAUAUGCAAGGGAUAAUGUGCAGAGGAACAAAUUGGAUUCUCGCAUCCAGAUUAUCGAAAGCUCGACUUCCAAUGCGUUGAUUCCUCUGGAGACUAUCAAUAUCCCUGAAUCGAACAGUAGACUGGACUUCACUAUGUGUAACCCGCCCUUUUAUCAAUCCCGCGACGAGUUGAUAUCAUCCGCUAAGGCGAAGCAGAGACCUCCUUUCUCUGCCUGCACUGGCGCAGAGGUGGAAAUGAUCACGCCCGGCGGCGAGGUUGAGUUCGUCACUCGCAUGAUCAGGGAGAGUAUCGAGCUGCGGAAUCGCGUACAGUGGUACACCUCUAUGGUAGGGAAAUUCAGCAGCGUCGCCACGCUACUUGACAUUUUGCGCAAGGAGGGAAAUGAGAAUUGGGCGGUGGCGGAAUUCGUUCAAGGAAGUAAGACGAGGCGAUGGGCCAUCGGUUGGUCUUGGAUGGAUUACCGGCCUGGAACUGGACCCUCCAGACCCCACCGUCAAAGCAUCGCCAAACACCUCCUCCCGUUCCCGCCUGAAUUCACAUUCCACUGCCCGCUGUCAACGUCCCUGUCUAGCGCUAUCGAGGUAGUAAACUCUAGCAUUACAGAAUUGGACAUCUACUGGCGCUGGAAUAGGAGCAGAUGUACUGGUCUCGGAUUCGCAAGGUGCAACGCCUGGUCCAGACAUGCACGCCGGCAGAAGAAAAAACAAGCCAUCGAGGCUGCGCAGGCGUCGACGACUACGAGUAUUGCUAUUACUGGCAAUAGUGUGAAGGAUAAUAAAGAUUAUGAUGCUAAACUACUCAAUUUUAUCACAGAAGAACAGGACAGGGGGCCUGAGUUUGGGUUUAAGGUGUCUGUAAGGGGGGAUAUGGAGCGGCAGGUGGAGGUGACGGUGCGGUGGGUGAAGGGGUUUGAUGCAGUGCUUUUCGAGAGCUUUUGCGGGUUUUUGAAGAGGAAAGUUGAAAGAUGUGAAUGAAUUGAAUAGCGGUUUUGAGAGUGGGUAGUUUUGCGGGGUAGGCGGAGUGAGUGCAAACGAAAUAUACCUUGUCUUAUUUAUU